UGCUGCCCUCCAAGGAUUUGCCAUACCAUGGAAAUGAAGCAACUCACAUUCUCACUCAAAUCAUCCCUUUUACUAAUAUCUCUUAUAUUUGUCACAACCUCAGUUUCCUUAAAAAUUCCAAGGCUGAGUCCAACUGGAGGACAAUUUAUACAUGGUAACUAUUGGACACAAGGCCGGCCCAGCGAAGCUUCAUCAUCUGCAUUUGAUCCCAAAAAUUUUCAGACAUUUUACUACAACCAAACACUUGACCAUUUCAACUUUAGGUAUGAUAGCUUCAAUACUUUUCAACAAAGAUAUUUGAUCAAUUCCAAGCAUUGGGGUGGCUCCAAUAUCAGUGCACCAAUACUCGCUUACUUAGGCGCAGAAGAAUCAAUUGAUGUUGAUAUACCUAUUAUUGGGUUCCUAUCUGAAAACGCCAUUCACUUUCAAGCCCUCCAGAUAUAUAUAGAGCACCGGUACUAUGGGGAAUCAAUCCCAUUCGGAUCAAGGGAAGUGGCAUUUAAAAAUGCAAGCACUCUUGGAUACUUCAACUCAGCCCAAGCUAUAGCAGAUUAUGCAGAGAUUCUCAUACAUGUAAAGAAGCAACUACAUGCUGAACAUUCUCCGGUCAUUGUUAUUGGUGGCUCAUAUGGUGGAAUGCUUGCUUCAUGGUUUCGCCUAAAGUAUCCCCACGUCGCUCUUGGAGCUCUGGCCUCAUCAGCUCCAAUUCUAUACUUUGAUGACAUAGUUCCUCCAGAAACAGGGUACUACUCCAUUGCCACCAAGGAUUAUCGAGAAGCGAGUGAGACUUGCUACCAAAUCAUAAAGAAGUCUUGGUCUGAAAUUGAUAAUAUUGCUUCUAAGCCUGAAGGCCUCUCAAAUCUUAGCAAGAAAUUUCGAACUUGCAGACCGUUGACCAAGUCGUCUGAGCUCAAGGACUACUUGGACUCGAUGUAUACUAGGGCAGCUCAAUACGAUCGUCCACCGAAAUAUCCGGUUACUGUAGUCUGCGGUGGCAUUGAUGGAGCUUCAUCUACAGAUGAUAUUUUGACAAAAAUAUUUGCAGGUGUGGUUGCAUAUACCGGAAACGGGUCAUGCUAUGUCAACCCGCCCAAAAACCUGACAGAAACAGACGAGGGGUGGGGAUGGCAGACAUGUAGCGACAUGGUGAUUCCCAUAAGCGUGAACAACGACACCAUGUUUCCACCGUACAAAUUUGAUGUCGAUGAAUAUAUCAAUAAAUGCAAGGCAACCUAUGGCGUCCCUCCCAGGCCUAAUUGGGUGACUACAUACUUUGGAGGCCAUAACAUAAAACUGAGUCUCUCCAGAUUUGCUAGCAACAUCAUUUUCUCCAAUGGGCUAAGAGACCCUUACAGUAUUGGCGGCGUUUUGGAAGACAUAUCAGACAGUGUGGUUGCUGUCCAUGCAAAAAAUGGGUCUCACUGCUUGGAUAUUCUCACCUCAAGCCAGACUACCGAUCCAGACUGGCUGGUCAAUCAGCGGAAAAGUGAGGUCAAAAUCAUCAAAGGAUGGAUAGCUAAAUACUAUGCUGACCUUCAAGCUCUCCAAUAAGUACCACGUACGUUAAAUACUAUAGUUGGACAAAUCCAGAUUACACCUACCCAAAAUAUCUCUUUGCAAACAAGUAGCUUCUUUUUGGCAAGAGAUAACAACAAAGUGAAAGUCCUAAGAAAACAAUAAUCACCAUCUUUUCAUUUGUAAACUUCUUUUUAAAAGGAUCGACAAGAGUUAUGGAAAUAAUACACUUUAAUUACGUCACA